AUGGUGAAUGAAACUCUCCAAUGGUAUUUCACUUUCACUGGGUUCACCAAAAAUCGGCAGCUCCAGAUUUUUUAUUUCUCAUUUUUCUUGCUCAUUUAUUUCCUAACCUUGGUGGGGAACAUCAUGAUUAUGUUGGUCAUAGGAACAAGUCCUCAGCUUCAGAGUCCCAUGUACUUUUUCUUGAGCCACCUCUCUUUCCUUGAUGUGUGUUACUCUUCUGUUACCGUUCCAAAGAUGCUGGAGACUAUCAUUGGAAAGCAGAAGACCAUCUCAGUUCUUGGCUGCUUCACUCAGACAUUUUGUAUCUUGCUUUCCGCUACUGCUGAAGUUUUCCUCCUUUCAUCUAUGGCUUAUGACAGAUAUUCGGCAAUAUGCAAACCACUGCAUUACAUGGAAACAAUGAACAUAGUGUUCUGUCAAAAGCUUGUGGCAGGUUCCUGGAUUAUUGGCUUCUUCUAUGCAGUUGCAAACACAUUGCCACUGUUAAAGUUGCAGUUUUGUGGAUCAAACAUCAUCAUGCAUUUCAUUUGUGAGCUCCCUUCCAUCCUCUCUCUUUCUUGCAGUGAGACAUCCAUGAAUAAAAUGUUGUUCUUCAUUUCUGGAAGUGCAGUUGGGCUUGUAUCCCUGUUCCUCACAGUGCUGUCUUACAUUUAUAUCAUCUCCAGCAUCCUGAGAAUUAACUCCAGAGAAGGGAGGAAUAAAGCUUUCUCCACCUGCAGCUCCCACCUCACAGUUGUGAUCCUCUUCUAUGGAACAGGUUACUUUCGCUAUCUGAGACCUUCCUCAAUGUCAUCAGUAAUCUUGGAUGAACUGUUUUCCCUAUAG